UUUCUUUGUACUUUAUAUAUUUUGAUUUGGAAAAAAUAUAUUGUAUAAUAUAAAUAAUAUUAAAUAUGUCUGCAAAAAAUUAAAACAAUUUUCUUGUUUAAAAAAAUUCUAUAAAAUACCUAAAAAAUGAUACUUUGGAUUAGAAUACCCCCUUAAAUCUUCAAAUCUGAUAAUGUUGUAUUUUUUAGUCUAACAGUAUUAUAAACGUAAGUAGAUAAAUGUUUAUCUACUUAUGUGGUUCAAUAGCUAAUCGGUCAAUUUGGGUAAAAUCUGUUAGUGUAUAUACACUGGGGCAUUGCUGUCAGAGUUAUAAGAUAAAUACCUAAACGUCAAAUCGAAAUUCAAUGACAAGCUUAAAACGUAUAUGAUUAUCUACAGAAGACGAUAUGUCAACAGUAAUUUCUCUAUAAAAUUAAUUAUUAUAAACACCGACAAGUGACAGGAUCGGUGUUAUAAACAUGUCAUCGGCACAUUUAUCAACUGGUCGAUUAAAUGUGGGUAUUAUUCAAGAACAAGCUAGGAAACAACUACUUUGUUUACUCGAAAAAUGUGAUGGUACAAAGGCAAUUAUAUGGGAUCAAUCUCUCGAAGGACCAAUUGGUCUUGUUGCAAAAUAUAAUUUACUUGAGGAACAUGAUGUGGUUAAAAUGUAUCCAUUAUGUGGGGGAAAGUUGUCAAUACCAUCAAAUAUAACAAAUAUAAUAUUUAUUAGUCGACCUCAGCUGAACCUCAUGGAUUUAAUUGCUGAAAAUGUUCACGGUGAGGAAGGAAAAAGACCUCGCAAAGAAUUCCAUCUCUUUUUUGUACCUAGAAAAAGUCUACUUUGUCAGAAAAAGCUUCAGAAUCGUGGUGUCUUUGGUAGUUUUACGCUAAUAGAAGAAUUUAAAUGUGACUUGUUUCCUUUUGACAAUGAUCUCUUGUCUAUGGAACUUAGUGGAGCAUUUAAAGAAUUUCAUUUGGAAAAUGAUCCAACAUGUUUAUAUCAAGUAGCACAAGCCAUUCAUAGUUUACAAGGGAUAUAUGGAAAGAUUCCAAAAGUUACAGGCAGGGGACCUGCUGCGAGUAAAGUUUGGGAUCUGCUAGAGAGAUUAAAUCGAGAAGAAGAGGAUAGUAAAGUAAUAUCUCCUCAAUCAAGUGUUAUAGAACAUUUAUUAUUAUUCGAUCGAUCUGUAGAUUUACUAUCACCUUUGGUUACACAAUUGACAUACGAAGGAUUAAUAGAUGAAAUUUUUGGGAUAAAAUAUAAUACUGUUCAGUUGCCAGCAAGAAGAUUUCAUGAUUCAGAAGAUUCUCCAACAGCAAUGUCUCUUAACGAAAUGGAACAAAUUAUACUGAAUUCUGCAGAAGAGUUAUUUGCAGAGAUUAAGGAUAAAAAUUUCAAUGGUGUGGGACCAGUGCUAAGUAAAAAAGCUAAAAUUAUUUUAUCACAAUUCGAUGAAAAACAUGGAGAUAAAAGUGUACAAGAGAUAAAACAAUUUGUGGCACGACUGCCACAUAUGUUAGCUACCAAACAAUCAUUGGCAAAACAUACAACAAUAGCACAAAUGAUAAAGGAGGUAACAGAUUCAAGUAGUUUUUUAGAGUCACUGCAAGUUGAACAAGAGUUGUUAAACUGUAUUGAUACAGAUAAACCGAAUGCUUAUAUAGAAGAUUUAAUAGCACAACAACAACCACUUCUUAAAGUUUUACGACUUCUUUGUAUACAGUCUUUAACAAAUUCUGGACUUAAACAAAAAUUACUAGAUUAUUAUAAAAGGGAAAUAAUACAAACGUAUGGUUAUCAACAUUUACCAACUAUAUUGAAUUUAGAAAAAGCUGGCUUAUUGAAGCAACAACAAUCUACUCGUCAAUAUGCAGUUUUAAGGAAAGCAUUAAGACUUACAGUUGAAGAUGAAAGUGAAAUUGCACCAAAAGACAUCAGUUAUGUACAUUCUAUAUAUGCACCAUUAAGUAUUCGGUUGGCAGAACAUCUUGUACAACCAACUGGUUGGCAGGGCUUAAAUGAUGUGAUGGGUUUAUUACCAGGUCCUACUAUUAAUAGUGUUCCACUUAAUAUUGCUUCAUCUGGAAGAAGAAACUCUAUUACUAGUGAAGAUUCCAACUCUGAACCACCAAAGUUAGUAAUGGUUUUUUUUAUUGGAGGCUGUACAUUUGCAGAAAUUUCUGCUCUUAGAUUUUUGUCUCAACAGGAAGAUUUAAAUGUGGAAUUUGUUGUCUGUACAACAAAAAUAAUAAACGGGGAUACAUUUUUAACUUCAUUAAUAGAAAAUUUGGACAACACAUAAUUUAUUCUAUGUAAUAUUGUUCUAUUUGUUUAUAUUUAUAUUAUUUAUAAACCCAAAUACAGAGAAAAAU